AUGAUGGAAUCCAUGGAUUUUCACAAAAUAAUGGCUUUCGUCUAUCUUCCAACUAUUCUGAUAGGCCUUCUUGGAAACCUACUGUCCCUUUAUGCUUACAGUCGUCCGAAUAGAAAAUCAAUGGUUGGUUUCUUGCUGUAUUCCUUAUCAAUAUCAGAUAUAUUUCUUCUGGUCUUCGCUCUUCCCCUUUUCAGUAUCAUGUAUUUACCCAUUUGGACUGAUGAGCAGAAAAGUUUUGUGGUCGCCUACACAGCCAAAUACGUGUAUCCGUUGUGCAUGAUGGCGAAAACAUGCAGCCUAUAUAUAAUGGUGCUGAUCACAAUCGAACGGUGGAUUGCAGUUUGUAGACCGCUCGAGGUUCAAAUCUGGUGUCGAUACACAACAUCAUCUUACUCCAUAGCUGCGAUCAUCAUCUUCGCAGUGGUCCUAAACUUUGCCCGUUUUUUCGAAUUUGAAAUAGAAUACAUCGAUGGAUUGGUUUAUUUCAAACGAGAACUAUUGGAUUCUGACAAACAUUGGUGGUACUUCAUGUUCUACUUCAUUGUCAUAUCCAUCAUAUUCGACUACACUGUCCCAUUCGUUAUCAUGUUCGUGGCAAACAUGCUGAUUAUCAGUGAAUUGAGAAGAACAAAAAAAGAACGAAGUCUGAUGACAAUUCAACAACAAAAGGAGCAAAAUACAACUGUGAUGUUGUUGGUUAUCACAAUUUUCUUCGGAUUUUGUCAUUUCUUUUCGAUGGCCUUAAAGCUUGCAGAAAGUUUUGCAGGCGGAUUUUUAACCAUUCAUAACAUUUAUCUAGAAAUGCUCGGAGAAAUCUUCAAUUACUUGAUUAUCAUUCACACUGCUUCUACAUUCUUCAUCUACUACAUAUUUUCGGAGAAGUUCCGACAAAUCAUCAAAGGAAUUUGGAACAACAAACGAAGGUUCAACCGGCAUGGAAGCAGCACAAAAAUUAUAUACAACACAGACACCACGAUUAUAAAAAAGGAAGCUUCCAUGAAAACCAGAUAUACAAGAAUAUCGUCAGGAUAA